AUGAAAGUGGCCGUUUUCAGCGCGAAACCGUACGAUAGGGAAUAUCUGUCCCAAGUACACGCUGCUCGGUACAGCCACGCAAACACGGACAACUCGCAUGCACAGCACUCACAGAUUCCUCGCACUGAGCUCGUUUUCCACGACUUCCCUCUCUCUGUCGAAACCGUUCCUCUCGCCGUUGGUGCCACUGCCGUCUGCGUCUUCGUCAACGACACGCUUAAUGCGCCUGUCCUGAAGGCCCUCCGCCAAGAAGGCGUCCGAGCCAUCCUCCUCCGCUGCGCCGGCUACAACAAUGUCGAUCUCGAGGAAGCCGAACGUCUAGGCUUCUUCGUCGCCAACGUCCCCUCGUACUCGCCCGAAGCCGUCGCCGAAUUUGCCAUUGCCCUGAUCCAGACGCUCAACCGCAAGACGCACCGAGCCUUCAACCGCGUGCGCGAGGGCAACUUCAACCUCGACGGUCUGCUCGGCCGCACCCUCCAUGGCAAGACAGUCGGUAUUAUUGGCACCGGCAAGAUCGGCGUCAGCCUUGCUCGUAUCCUCCAGGGCUUCGGCUGCAAGCUGAUCGCCUACGACCCAUAUCCCACUGACGCCUUCAAGUCGUACGGCGAGUACGCCAGUCUUGAUGAGCUGCUGCCGCAAUGCGACUUUGUCUCUCUCCACUGUCCGUUGACAGACCAGACGAAGCAUAUCAUCAAUGAAAAGACACUCGCCAAGAUGAAGAAGAACGCCAUGCUCAUCAACACGUCGCGUGGUGGGUUGAUCAACACGAAGGCAGUCAUUGACGCCCUCAAGAGUCAUCAACUGGGUGGGCUCGCGCUUGAUGUCUACGAGGGAGAAAGCGCCCUGUUUUACCAGGAUCACAGUGGUCAUAUUAUUCAGGACGAUGAGCUCAUGCGGUUGACUACGUUCCACAAUGUGAUCAUUUGCGGACAUCAGGCUUUCUUCACGGAGGAGGCGUUGACGGAGAUUGCGGGGACGACGCUGCAAAAUUUAGAGGAUUUCAUCAGGAGAGUGCCGUGCCAUAACUCGCUGGUUGCCGAGGGCCAUUUGCUCGCUCGGAGGGACUCUGUUCCUGUUCGGAUUUGA